AGAUGGCGCCUGUUGUGACAGGGAAAUUUGGUGAGCGGCCUCCACCUAAACGACUCACUAGGGAAGCUAUGCGAAAUUAUUUAAAAGAGCGAGGGGAUCAAACAGUACUUAUUCUUCAUGCAAAAGUUGCGCAGAAGUCAUAUGGAAAUGAAAAAAGGUUUUUUUGCCCUCCUCCUUGUGUAUAUCUUAUGGGCAAUGGCUGGAAGAAAAAAAAAGAACAAAUGGAGCGUGAUGGUUGUUCUGAACAAGAGUCUCAACCGUGUGCAUUUAUUGGAAUAGGGAAUAGUGACCAAGAGAUGCAGCAGCUAAACUUGGAAGGAAAGAACUAUUGCACAGCUAAAACAUUGUACAUAUCUGAUUCAGACCAGAGAAAGCACUUCAUGUUGUCUGUAAAGAUGUUCUAUGGCAACAGCGACGACAUUGGUGUGUUCCUCAGUAAGCGGAUAAAAGUCAUCUCCAAACCUUCCAAAAAGAAGCAGUCAUUGAAAAAUGCUGACUUGUGCAUUGCCUCAGGAACAAAGGUGGCUUUGUUUAAUCGACUUCGAUCCCAGACAGUUAGUACCAGAUACUUGCAUGUAGAAGGAGGUAAUUUCCAUGCCAGUUCACAACAGUGGGGAGCAUUUUACAUUCAUCUCUUGGAUGAUGAUGAAUCAGAAGGAGAAGAAUUCACAGUCAGAGAUGGCUACAUCCAUUAUGGACAGACGGUCAAACUUGUGUGUUCAGUUACUGGCAUGGCACUCCCAAGAUUGAUAAUCAGGAAAGUUGAUAAGCAGACGGCAUUACUGGACGCAGAUGACCCUGUGUCACAACUCCAUAAAUGUGCAUUUUACCUUAAGGACACAGAAAGAAUGUACUUGUGCCUUUCUCAAGAGAGAAUAAUUCAGUUUCAGGCCACUCCAUGCCCGAAAGAACCAAAUAAAGAGAUGAUAAAUGAUGGCGCUUCCUGGACAAUCAUUAGUACAGAUAAGGCAGAGUAUACGUUUUAUGAGGGGAUGGGUCCUGUCUUGGCCCCUGUCACCCCUGUGCCUGUCGUAGAGAGUCUUCAGUUGAAUGGUGGUGGAGACGUAGCAAUGCUUGAACUCACGGGACAGAAUUUCACUCCAAAUUUACGAGUGUGGUUUGGGGAUGUAGAAGCUGAAACUAUGUACAGAUGUGGAGAGAGUAUGCUCUGUGUCGUCCCAGACAUUUCUGCAUUCCGAGAAGGUUGGAGAUGGGUUCGCCAGCCAGUCCAGGUUCCAGUAACUUUGGUCCGUAAUGAUGGAAUCAUUUAUUCCACCAGCCUUACCUUUACCUACACACCGGAACCAGGGCCGCGGCCCCACUGCAGUGCAGCAGGAGCAAUCCUUCGAGCCAACUCAAGCCAAGUGCCCCCUAAUGAGUCGAACACAAACAGUGCAGGAAGCUACACAGACGCCAGCACAAAUCCCACCAGUGUCGCAUCCUCGACAGCAACGGUGGUGUCCUAACUACCGUCUUUUUGCUAGGACUUAAACUGACUUGAGUGCGCAAAAAGUUGACAAAAAAGAGGGAAAAAAAUGAACCUUCUUUUGUGGUUUCUUGGGAAAACUUUUCAUACCAGGUGUUACUACUAUUCACAGCCCCGUUACCUGCAAGUGCUGAUUUGAAAUGCAGAAGCCACAGUAAAA